AUGUUGGAGCAUCGUCUAAAAUCACCACCCAAAGAGGUUUAUUCGUUACAUCGGAAACUAUCCGGUGCGUAUUUGCUGGCUGCGAAACUGAAUGCGGUCGUCUCAUGUGGCGCACUUUUUGAGUCGAUUUACGAUGCGUAUGAAUUCGGCGAAGAGGGUUUUGAAGAUAUCGACAUUGAUAGUGUGAACGAUAGUGAUAACCAAAUCGGCGAUUCAUCCAGUGAUAAUACUAGUGAAUCUCAGCAGAACGAUGUGAAGAAGUCAACCGCUUGA